UCGCCCGGCGGCAGUAAAAAAUCUCGAAAAAUUUCAAGAACUUCUAAUAGGCAAAGAGGUUAUGCAUACGGAGACCCCCAUUUUGUGGUAGAACUUCAAGAUAGCGAUGAGACCGUAUGUUUCAAUAUCAAUGGAGAUAAAGAUGACGUAUUAAACUUAGUGAGUGACCCUAUUGCUGGUGUGUACGCAAAUUCCAGAUUAAUUGAAGAGGGGAAAACGAGUACGAACUGGGCGAGGCGGGGGACCUACUUGGGGGAAGUGGGUGUCGUCUUACAUAAAGGGAAGUCUCCACUGUUCAUUAGGGUAACGGUGAAGAACAUUUCUAUUAAUCAUACACAUAUGUUACCAUGGAAACCAAUGAAAAUGGUGAUGGGCAAUAUCACCCUACGUGUCUCCAAGAGUCGCACGUUUUCCGUGUCCCAAGGUGAAGGAAUAACGUUAGUGAUACACUUAGUUAGAAAACAUCCGCCUACGAUCGGCGACUAUUUUGGAUUCUAUAUCGAGGAUGGGCGCGGGUUUUCCGAAAUGGUCCACGGACUCAUUGGUCAAUUCCAUAGCGGGAAAAUAAGUAUUGAGAAUAUGCGAACGGAUAUUUUUGAUCCAAUCUACCAACAGGCAGAUUUGAGAGUUGGCGACCGAAACGUUACAGUUUACGAGAACUACCGUAAGGACCCCAAAAAUAAUCUGCGAAUCCGAUGUUGGUUCGCUCACAACAAUGCCCGCGGAGUGAUUGAUGGGAAACACAAGGACUAUUUUGUUCAAAGCAUUUUCAGUAGAGAUUUUUCUGCGCCCUGAAAGCGUAUUAUGGAGGGAGACUAGCCGUAAUUAAUUAUAUAUGCAUGAGAAAUAUUCAUUAGGGAUAGUGAAAAGUGACGUAUGUUCAUUUCCGUUCAUGCUAUCAAAUGUGUUUGGGUGAUUGUACAUGUAUUACAUAGAUAACCUAGUUGUUUUUAAACAUUAUUUACGUAAUCGCUUCUGCUUGUAAUACAGUAAAUAUGGUUCAUAUAUUUUGUCCAGGUAGCUUUAUAUCGUUUAUAUUUAAAUGGCAUUAAACUGAAAUAUCAAAGACAAUAUUCGAUCUAUGUUCUAUGAAUAUAUAUGGCUGUUUUAUUGCCUUAAUCUUAAACAAUUCAUGGCAAGAUAUAGGUGUCAAUAUGUUUGUCGCUGUCCUGGUUUCCUGUGAGGUCAGCUAUGUGAUGUAUUCCAAACUAAUACAUCAUAUAUUUCGAAACCAAACAAGGUUUGUCGUAUUUUUAUAUUCCAACACCACAUCACCACAGUUAGGCACAUCUUAAUUUUCAGUGUGCAUUUAAAACAUUUUAUCAGUCAAGAUUGUGCCAAUAUUACUCAAGAGUAUUCGGGGAUUUUUAAAUAGAAUUAUAGCAUUUGUAUGUAUCUUACCAUUUGUAGUUCAAAGAAUAAUUGACAUUAAACAAAUCACAUUUCGUUAAUGCUGUAUAUGUUUAUAAGAAAACUGCAUAGAAUCCAAGAUUAAUAUUA